CAACAUCGAGACGCGGAGACGGAGACUUGACCAUCAGCAAGUAAGACUUGACCAUCAGUCUGCAGAGCGGAGCGAGGUAACUGCAUAUGCAUGCUAAUGGCGAAGGCGACGAGUCAGCACACUUCACACAAGCUUUCGCGACGCCCAUCGGCACUAGCUAGCUAGCUAGCAGGACGGCGGCGAUGAGCUCCACCACCACAACCACAACACGUCUUCUCGUCAUCCCGCUUGUCUACUUGAUGCUCGUUGCCAGUGCCAGCCAUAGUGCCCUCAGCUCCGCUUCUCUCUUCUUCGAUGUCGACUUCUCCAACGCCUCCACGUUCAGCCUCGCGGACUUCACGACCGCCGGCGACGCCGCGUUCCACGGCCAACGCUUCGACCUCACGGCGAACGCGUACAGAGCGGGGAUCUCCGACAGCGUCGGCCGGGUUGCGUACGCGCACCCGGUGCCUCUUCGGGACAACGCCACGGGCCAGGUGGCCAGUUUCACCACAUCCUUCACCUUCGCCAUCAACAUCACCGACAUGAACAACAAGGGGGACGGCAUGGCCUUCUUCCUCGGCAAUUACCCCUCGGGUCUGCCGCCCAGGUCGGAGGGAGGCGCACUCGGCCUCUGCACCGACUACUGCGUCAACCGGACCGCUGGCAGGGACAGGUUCGUGGCCGUGGAGUUCGACACGUUCGACGACUCCUGGGAUCCCCACCUGACCUACGACCACAUGGGGAUCAACGUGAACUCCGUCGUGUCCGUGGCCAACAUCUCGCUGCCGAGCUUCAGCCUGAACGGGCAGAUGAGCGCGCGGGUGGACUACAACAGCAGCACCAGCGUGAUGGGCGUUGACCUGAGAUUCGACCGCAGCCCCAAGUUCGGCAGCGCUACGCCUAUCUUCAACGUGAGCGCCAAGGUGGAUCUCAGCUCCGCGCUGCCGGAGCAGGUGGCCAUCGGUUUCUCGGCGGCGACCGGCGCGUCCAUCGAGCUCCACCAGUUGCUCUCUUGGUCCUUCAGCUCGGUAGCUCCUGGGACUGGGAGCCCAACCGAUCCAGGUGCUUUGGCUUCAUCGAAUCCCAGAACAGGACUGAAAGUUGCUCUUGGAAUCACUAGCUCGAUAUCCAUCUUGCUCUGCGCGGCAGUUGUUGCUCUGCUCCGUGCACUACGAAGGAAACACCUGGCGUUGGCUGAGAUACAGCUAGAAUCGGAUGCUCGAGGAAGGCUCUGUUAGCAACAACUGGGAAGGGGAUCCAAGAGGAAGAGCUCAGAGGAGAAUAAGACUUGGAGAAGGGAAUAGCUGGGAGGAAGACGAGUUUGUCUGAUAUUUGAUAGCUAAAUUGUUCAUGCCCCUAUUACACAAGUGUUUGUCUUUUAUAU